AUGACGGUGCAGGGCCUUUUAUUGACUUUCAAGAGCCUUGCGAAUCUGGGUGAUCGACGCUUUAUCACCACACUACAGGACACGAAUGGGAAGUCCCUUUGCCUCCUGAUCACCUGUGCCGAAAGCGUCCAGUCUCGAGUGGAAGAGACCCUAUCAAAGUUGUUCACUAUUCCGAUAUACAUGUUGACCAGCUCUACACUGAAGGGUCGAAUUCGGAGUGUAACAAACCCAUAUGUUGCAGAAAAUGACGAGACUGGGAGAACGGUAUCCCCAGCUGGGCCAUAUGGGGAGCAUACUUGUGACUCUCCUGCUUCUCUUGAGCAUAGCAUGUAUGAAGCAAUCAAAAAGUUGGUACCCGACGCCGCUUUCACGAUUUUUACCGGAGACAUUAUCGAUCAUUCAAUCUGGAACACAUCUUGGGACUAUAAUGAGCACCAAAUUAUUCGGUCAUAUGAGCAUAUGGACAGGCAUCUCGGUAUAGUCUACGGAACAGCUGGCAACCACGAGUCCCAUCCCACCAACGCCUACCAGCCUAGUUCCGUCGGCGACGCAUCCUCAUGGAUCUACGACCUUCUCGCAGGGACCUGGUCUCGUUGGAUUGGACAUGAAUCAGCCUCUACGGCAGCAAGAAUCGGCUCUUAUUCAACCAAAUAUCCCCAUGGUAACCUGCGGGUCAUCUCUCUCAACACAAAUCUGUUCUACCGUGGAAACUUCUGGCUUUUUCAGAGGAAGAUGCUGCGCGAUCCCAGCGGUCAGAUCGAUUGGCUUGUUGAAGAACUCCACGCUGCUGAGAAAGCUGGAGAGCGUGUCUAUAUUAUUGGGCAUAUGCCGCUGGGGGACCGGAAUGCAUUCCACGAUCAGUCGAAUUAUCUUAACCAGGUAGUGAACCGAUACUCAGCAACCAUCGCAGCCAUGUUCUUUGGUCACACCCACAGAGAUCACUUUCAGAUUACAUACAAUGAUGCUUCGGGCAAGACAUUUAACAAUGCUCUAAUAACAUCGUAUGUCGGUCCCUCGCUCACUCCCAUGUCGGGAAUGCCCUCUUUUCGUGUCUACGAUGUUGAUCCUGUGACCUUCGCCGUCCUCGACGCAACUACCUACAGCGCCGACAUGACGUCUCCUACAUACCAAACUAAAGGCCCCGUGUGGGAAAAGUAUUACUCUGCAAAGGAGACAUAUGGCCCACUCACAACCCCUCCCCUAAUCGACGAUACGGCGGAGCUCACUGCUUCAUUCUGGCACAACGUCACCGAGGUCUUCGAGAAGAAUCAGACGGCCUUUGACGAAUACAUGUUACGUCUCAGCAGAGGCUGGGUACAGCCAGAAUGCACCGGCGAAUGUCGGUCGGCGCAGAUCUGUAUGCUACGAGCGGCACGGAGCCAGGAUGGCUGUGACGUAUCAACACUUGGUUCCUCUUACCAUACAAGGAUGCACAAUGUUGCAGAAAGGGAUGAGUGUGGCAUCUCAGUCUUGCAAGCGACUUUUUCAGCCUUGGUGGCCAAGGAGGGUGUUUUGAAAAUUCUGCAAGAGAUUUUGGUAGGCCUGAAUGUGAAGCUGCAUGGAUGA